AUGCUGGGUCAUUCUACUACGGAAGCUAUCUACCUUAUCAUGAGGUUGGUGGAACAAUACAGGGAUAGGAAGAGGGAUUUGCAUAUGAUGUUUACUGACCUAGAGAAGGCGUAUGACAAGGUCCCCAGGGACGUCCUUUGGAGAUAUCUGGAGGUGAAAGGUGUGCCAGUGGCUUACAUUAGGGAAAUAAAGGAUAUCUAUGAUAGAGCUAGGACUCGGUUAGGACUGUGGGAGGUGACUCAGAGCCUUUUCCGGUGGUUAUGGGUUCUGAUUGAUGCGAUGCGAGGCGGCGUUAAUGGAAGGCUAGAGUUAUGGAGGCAGGCUCUGAAGUCUAAAUGUUUCAAGUUGAGUAGGACUAAGACGGAAUAUGUGGAAUGUAAGUUCAACGAGGUGACAAGGGAGGCAGAUGUGGAAGUUAGGCUUGACUCACAGACUGGUUCCCUAUGGCCUGCUACUCUGCUGCUGGGACCUGGGCUUGGACAGGCUCUUGGGCUGCAUCCUAUGGCUGACUAG